GGUUUAUGUCUUUAAACCCUAUUAAACCUUAGCUUUAAACAUAGUCUCUCUAAUCUAUGGUCAUAUUUAUAUACGUGUCGCCUUGUGUUAAUUCUGAUUUGUCCAGAUUGGAAUGAAUCUUUACUUAAUUUCUUUGUAUUACUGUAUUGUAUCUGCUUUUUUCUUAUUUGCGUAUUAAAUUUCGACAUAAAUAAUAAAUACUUUAAUUAAAAAGUGUUAAAAUACCACAAUCAUGCCUCCAUCUACGGACUGGGAUGAAAUUAAACGUUUAGCAGCUGAUUUUCAAAAAGCCCAGCUAAGUUCUACUACUCAAAGAUUGUCAGAAAGAAACUGUGUAGAGAUUGUCACAAAACUUAUUGAACUAAAACUAAUUGAUGUUAUAUUUACAACUGAUGGAAAAGAAUAUUUAACCUCACAACAACUAUUGAAAGAAAUAAAAGAUGAACUAUAUGUACAUGGUGGUCGCAUCAAUACAGUUGACCUCGCUAAAGAGCUGAAUGUAGACCUCAACCAAAUCAAUGCUAGUGUUGCCGAGAUUGUCAAAGGAAAAGAAGUUCAACUUGUUUCAGGUUAUUUAAUAGCUCAAUACUAUUUAGAAAAGAUUGCAAGAGAAAUUAAUGAAAAACUACAAUUACAAGGCCAGAUAACUGUAGGAGAAUUGACACUACAGUAUGAUUUACCAGCAGAAUUAUUACAGCAUAAUAUAUUAGAGAAAUAUUUAGGGAAAAUUAUCAUUGGAAAACAAGACUCCUCUGACCCUAGAAUAUUUUAUACUGAGGAAUACAUUACCCGAACAAAAGCAAAGAUCCGUGGGGCAUUGACAGGAUUAUUGAAGCCAACUCCUGUUACUGUAAUAAUCAAUCACUGCAACCUUGCAGACCGCUUGUUUAUGAACUUAUUUGACCAAAUCAAUGCACCUGGGGUUUUAACAGGACGUCAGGCAGGUGCACUUUAUGUGCCAUCGUGUUAUUCCAAAUCUCAAAAUGAUUGGGUCAUAAACUUUUUCAAACAAAAUAAUUAUCUUGAAUAUGAUGCUUUGUCACGUUUAGGAAUAUCUGAUCCAAAAGGUUAUGUGAAAAGAAUUUUGGUAAAUGAAGACCUUACUUUCCUUAGCAGUUGUGUAAUUGGUUCACAAAUAAAACUACAAUUAGACACAGCAUUGGAAGAUUGUAUUUUGUCUAAAAGCUAUAUGGAUGUUGUUUCAUUACUGCCUUCUGUGCUAUCUGAUAGUGAUAUCAUAAAUGUUCUUGAUGAAUUACUAAAAAAUAAUUCUAAAAGUACUAUAUUAUUUGAAAACACAGUUUUCAGCAACCAUUUCAUUGAAAAUCUGAAACAAAACUGUAUGCUAAUGGCUGAAAAGAAAGCAGAAGCUGUAGUAAAAUCAGGAAAAUAUCAACAGUUUUACUUGGAAAAGCAAAUUAAUAAGGCAACAGAGAUGUCACAAACAACAUAUAUUGACCAUAAAGCUGAGAGAAGAGAGGAACGUAGAAGAAAAGCUGCAUCAGGCAAAGGUGGUGGUGGUACUCAAGGUAGAGAAACUAAAACUAAAGCUGUUAAAAAACAUACAAAAUCCAAGCAAGCUGCUCAUGAUUCAGAUUCGGAUGAAUCACCUAAUAUGUCUAAAAAAAACAAAGCUGAUUUGGAAAUCAUCACUACUGAAGAUGUAGAAACAAUUAUCAAAGAAACAUUGGAAAAUGAAGGACUUGAUGAUCUAUUAACUCCAAUAUCUGAAUAUAUUCAAAGGAGCCUCAACCAAUCUGCUUUGGCGUUAGCCAAAGAAAUUGCUGAUAAACUUAUUCAGGACACCAGUCAAAACAGAAAACAAACCCAUAGUUUUGCUCAAGACAAAAUCAAUAUUUUAAUUAAUGACAUAAAACUAUAUGAGAAAGGCUUUAAGUUAAUGCCAUCUGAUCAGCAACCACAAUUCAUUAAAUACUUACUAAAAUCAUUGGGUGGUGAUAUUCUUGCUGAAUUCUGUAAAUAUGCAGGAAACCAAUGUAACCUUUCUGUUCAAGUUGAUACACUUACAAUUGAGCAGAGAAAUAAGAUCAUAAAUGACCUACCUGAUGAAUAUAAAAAGACCUUGGUUGCUUUAAAUGCUACUCUAUCUGAUCAAAAUAUGGAGUUGUUUUAUCAAGCUGUUGAUGUAUGUUUGUCGGAAUGUGGCAUGAUAUUGAAGAAAGUGGAUAAAAAGAAAGACAAGUUAUUAAUUCAAAAUCACAGAGAAAAGUUGAUAUCAGAGCUAGAAGUUUGUGAUGAGCCUGCAUUGUGUUUACAUAUUGCUGUUUUAGCAAUAUUUACUAUUUUAACUCAAAAUAUGUUACAUGCCUCAGGUAGGCAAGUUCCAAUAGUAAUAUCAUUUUUAAAGACACAAAUCAAAGAAGAGGACUUUCAAAGACUUCAGUAUUAUCAUGAGUUAGUUGCAAAAUUUUUGACAUCUUCUGCAGAAGAGAAAGUUGAUGUUGAAGAUAAACUUAAAGUGGAGUUACCUGCAUUAAAAAAUAUGGUUCAAGAAAUUAAAAAAUAUAAAUAACUAACAAAGUUAUAAGUAUUGUUACGUUUUUUUUUUAUUUGUUGUAUAAUUAAUAAAAUAAAUAUUCAUAUAA